AUGGCCUACAAGGAAAGGCUCAGCUGGGUACAAUACAUUGCAUCAAAGAGAAAAUCCUACAUGCUAUGCGAAUCGUCAACUGGCUACAUUUGGAAUUCAGUCAUUUACGCUGGAAAAGGAACAAAAUUCAAUCCAAAAUACAGCCGCUAUGGAAUGGCAGCAUCUUCUGUUAAUUCACUCAUUGAGCUAUUGCUAAAUCAGGGCUAUUGCGUAACCCCCGACAACUUUUAUACGUCUCCUCCUGAAUUUUGCGUUUCUUCUGCAAAACAAAACGAUGCCUUUGGAACCAUUAGGGCUAACCUGCGUGACAUGCCACCAAUGUUUGGCAAUAAGAAGCUGAAGACUGGAGAAAUGGUUGCCUGGCAAAAAGGCAAAAUGAUGGCACUGCGAUGGCGUGACGAGAAAGAUGUGUGCCUAAUGAGUACAGUUCAUAAUACCUCCACUGUUAUGGUACGCAUGAAAGGUGGGAAAGAAAUUAUGAAGCCACAAGUAGUGAUCGACUACAAUAACACCAUAGGGGGUGUCGACAGAGGCGACCAAGCAAUGACAUUCUACCCAGCAAUGAGGAAACAGCAAAAUAAGUAA